AUAAUUUUACUUUGGUUACACGUAGACGUGAUGUUUUAAUAUGUUUGGUAGUAGUGUAUACAUACUCGCAUAUAUACAUAUAUAGUGAAGUACAUUCUAAUAAGUGACGAAAUUUUAUUUUGAAAUUUAUUAUAAGAAUAUUGACAUUAUCGGAUAAAUUUGACAGUAACUUUAUGUUAUUGUUGCUUAAACUUAAAAAUUGAAAUUAUUUAGAAGACUAAUAAAAGGUUAUUUUAUUAGCUAAAAUACGAUUAUAAAAGCUAAUUUUAACAUAUCAAUUUGUGGAAAAUUAUACAUGAAAAUUGGACGUUAACUGUGAAUGCAGCAAAUCAUUGAAGUAGAUAUACCAAAUGCAUCAUAAUAAGAUUUGAUAGUAAUAAAAAAUCAAAAUCGUACAGAAACAAAAUUAAAAAUGCCAUCAGAUUUUAGACAAAUUAGACGCAAUGAAUGGGUCACCGUAAUAAUAUUGUUCUUUAUAAAUUUAAUAAAUUAUAUGGAUCGUUUUACUGUUGCUGGUAUGUUACCAGAAAUCAAAAAUGAUUUUAAAAUUGGUUACGAUAAGUCUGGUUUAUUACAGACAGCAUUUAUUGUAAGUUAUAUGUUAUUUGCACCUUUGUUUGGAUACCUUGGUGAUCGGCAUAAUCGUAAAAUCCUUAUGAGUAUAGGUAUCUUCCUAUGGAGUUUAACAACAUUUAUUGGAUCUUUCAUGACGUCGUAUGAAUGGUUUUUAAUAUUUAGAGCAAUGGUUGGCAUAGGAGAAGCUAGUUAUUCAACAAUUGCACCAACAUUAAUUAGUGAUUUAUUUAUUAGAAACGUUCGUUCCAAAAUGCUAGCAUUGUUCUAUUUUGCAAUACCAGUUGGAAGCGGAAUGGGCUAUAUAAUUGGAGGAGAAAUGUCAAAAGCAACAGGUUCAUGGAAGUGGGGUUUGCGUGUCACACCUGCUCUAGGUGUAAUAGCAAUUAUUCUACUGAUCUGUGGAGUAAGAGAACCUAUUAGAGGUGAAAGAGAAGGUGGUAUACAUAUUACUAAUACCGGAUGGUUACAAGAUAUCAGAGCUUUAAUAAAAAAUCGAAGUUUUACACUUUCUACAGCUGGGUUUACAUGUGUAUCAUUUGUUGCUGGUGCAUUAUCUUGGUGGGCUCCGACAUAUUUACAAUUAGGAUUUAAAUUAAUUGGAGCUGAUGUGAAUACACUUGAUGUGGAUUAUAAAUUUGGAUUGAUAGCAAUGAUAUCUGGCUUAAUAGGAGUACCUUUAGGGUCUUUCUUAGCACAAAAAUUUAGAGUGUAUUGGUCAUCUACUGAUCCAUUGAUAUGUGGUGCAGGUUUAUUAAUAAGUGCUCCAUUAGUAUUUUUUGCCAUAAUUACCGCUGAUACAAAUACUACUGUUUGUUAUAUAUUAAUAUUUCUUGGACAAGUAGCUUUAAAUUUAAAUUGGGCUAUUGUAGGAGACAUAUUACUUUAUGUAGUAAUACCAACUAGAAGAUCUUCAGCAGAAGCUUUCCAAAUAUCACUUGCUCAUGCCUUUGGAGAUGCUGGAAGUCCUUAUCUUAUAGGUCUAUUAUCAGAAGCACUCAAAUUUGUAGUUUUACCAAGUUUGAGUUUAGGUGGUUCUACUAUUAGUGUUUACAGUGAUAUUGUAGAAUUCCGUAGUUUACAAUAUGCACUAUUCGUUACUGUUUUUAUACAAAUCCUUGGAGCUUUGUUCUUCUUUUUCUCAGCGCUAUACAUAGAGAAAGACAAAGCAUUAGUUGAACUUGCUAUUACAGACAAAUAUCUAGAUACUAAGAAUAAUGGGCAACCUGCAUCGACACGUUUAUAGAUCAUCAUCUGAUAAUGGGCCACAUCUGAUAAUAGCUAUAUAUCUGGUGGAAGUGUUUCAGAUUCGGUUCAUAUAUAUAAUGAUGAAACUGAAAGUGAAUCCCAAGAUGAUACAUUUGGGACAUAAUUAAUCAUUUCAAAUGCGUAAGGUAAAGUUAAAUAUACAGAAAAGAUAUUGAUAAAGAAAAACUAAAAAAGAGCAGCAAUUAUAUGCUCAGGGAUGAUUCAACAAAAUUCGACAAUUUGAAAAAACAGUAAGAUUUUAUCAAAUUGUUUACAAUAUAGAGUGAGUUUAAGCAAAAAUGCUUAUAAGGGAUAUCGACUGUGUUCAAAUAUUGUUUAAAAGAGAAAAGAUUAUUUUAAGUCAAUUGUUAUAAAAAUAGUAACUCUUGAAAAAAGGAUAUGCAAUCAACUAUACACUCAUGUUGCAGAUACUAUUUAUAUUUUUAUAUUAGUCCCUAGAUUAAUAAAAAGUUAGUGCUAUUAAGUAUUAAUGCUAAAAACAUAACUACUAAUAAUGUUAAUGUCAAACUAACCAUAAUGAGAAUAUAUAAUUAAUAUUAGUUACCAACUAUAUAGUAUAUUAUUAACUCUAUGUACUUAUUUUGGCACUAAAGUUUCCCCUUUUAUCUUUAUUGAUAUAAAAGGUGCUGCUUUUGACAAAUAAACUAGAUAGGAGUUAAUA